AUGUUUCACUUAGGGACCGAAUUCCAGUUUCAACACCGAGAUGACAUAGAAUCUCUAACAACAUCAAGAUUCUUGCAGCACAGGACUCUUAUAAGUGAUGCGGAGUCAAGUCGGAGCAAGCGUUUCUCAGACAGAGUCAUAAUUAAUCAACAUUUUACUGAAAGAACACUUACGCCAGGUGGAGAUGUCAGCCUACAAUGUGCUGCAAUCGCAGAUCGACCACCCCAAUUCUCGUGGCAUCGUGAUGGGAUCCCAGUAUCUAGUAACACUGACUCCAGAUACGCAUUUGGCCAAAUCAUGAGACCUGACGGUUCUGUGUUGGCUCAGUUGAAUAUAACCAGGCUUCGAGUAGAAGAUGGUGGGUUUUAUUCCUGUACAGCAACUGAGGGAGACCAAGUAGCGUCUCAUGAGAGCAGACUUGACGUUUAUGGUCCUCCAUAUAUUAGAGCCUUACCCCCGAUUAAGGUGCAGAGUGGUGAAUCACUAAAUCUACGUUGUCCAUUCUAUGGCUACCCAAUUAGUAAAAUCGACUGGGAAUUCAAAGGUAAGAUUAUAACACCGAAUAAUCUAUUCCCAAGUCGUUACAAACGCAGCCAACGAAGAAUACUAAGAAGCAACAAAAUAAGUACAAACAAUUUUAAAUACACGAAUAAUCAAGAAGUCGCCGACGGCCAUUCUCUCAAUUUGAAACGAAAACCGCGCAGUGCUGCCAACAUACAUGGAGUAUUAACCAUUCCGGAAGUUGGUAAAGCCAACAAUAACGCAAAAUAUACAUGCACAGUGACCAGUCCGUCUGGAGAAAUGGCCAGACGUGAUUUUGACAUUAAAGUCAUAGAAGCACCAGUGUUGGAUGACCUGUUGCUAGGAAAUAAUUUGCAGGAAGGUCAGGUCGCGAAUAUUUAUUGUAAUGUGCGAACGGGAGAUUUGCCGAUACAUUUCGAAUGGUUGAAGGACGGAAAACGGAUUCCUAGUAAUUUAAAGGUGGUGGAACGGAGUUCCGAACUAUUCAGCGCGUUGGUGAUCAAAAGUGUUGCGCUGGAGCACUGUGGUACCUACACCUGUGUGGCCACAAAUCACGUCGCGACUGUCAACAAAUCUACAGAACUUUAUAUUAAAGUCGCACCGAAGUGGUUAUUGGAACCCUCAAAUUCAUCAGUAGUUCUUGGGAAAAGGGGAAUCGUAUCAUGCAGUGCUACCGGAUACCCGAUACCACAGGUACACUGGAUGAAGAAGGAUGCAAUCCUGGGAACCUGGCAGCCAGUGCUAGAACUAGCUGGCGGUGGAAUCUUAAGUCUGGCAAAUGGUUCGUUGGUAAUAGACGAGGUGUCCCUGACUGAUGAGGGAUUGUAUUCCUGCAAUGUUGAAAAUGGAGUCGGUACGCCGCUCAGCAAAACAAUUUGGAUCACUGUUAAUAAACCUGUACAUUUCGUAACAUCAUCGCCAAACGUGACGUCACGUGCGGGCCUCCCCCUGUCCUUCGAGUGCGUUGCUAGAGGCGAUGAGCCCAUACAAAUACAGUGGACCCAAAACGGAAAAGUUAUUAACUUUCGUAAUCACAGGUUAAAACUAUCAGAAGUGAAAACGUCAUCAGCGAUCACCAGCUCAAUCACUAUCAACUUCGCUGAGACGAGGGAUGCGGGCGUGUACCAAUGUCGAGCAAGCAAUCCUUAUGGCGUAGCGAAUUAUAACUUGUACAUACAUAUAUUGGAACCUCCAACACCUCCAACGGAACUGCGGGUGGAAUCAGUAAACUCGCGGACAGCGACGAUUUCAUGGCGAGGAAAGUCGGAACAUUACACAUUGCAGCAUGCACCAGCUAAUGUACCGAGAUGGGAUGGCGCUGACACCAUCAAUAUUACUAGCAAAGACGACGAAAUCCGCCAAGUAUACAAGCUCCAGAAUUUACGUCCAGCAAGCUCCUAUUCCGUGCGAGUUGCGACUGUCAAUCAAGUAGCACUCAGCCAUUAUACUGACCCAGUCCAUUUUACCACGGAAGAAGAAGCUCCAUCAUCAGCACCGCAGCAGCUUCGCGUCUCUCAAACUGACGAACCAGGCGAGCUAUACCUUAAAUGGUCACAACCAGACGUAAAGACACAUAACGGGCUCAUCACUGGCUAUCAUAUAAAGGCUGUGCCACAAAAUAUUGGGGCAGAUGAAGGAGAAACAAAGACGCUAAAAGUGUCUCAUCAGGCUGGGAAACUGGAGACUACUGUCAGAGGGCUUCUGAAGAAUACUCGGUAUGCUGUAUCUAUAGCAGCUUCUAACAGCGCCGGCAUUGGUCCCUAUUCCACACCAGUAUUUCAGGAGACUAAAGCUGGAGCACCAGAGAAUGCCCCGACAUCUGUAGAAUGUACUGCGGUUUCCCCUACUUCAGUCAGAAUAGGAUGGCAGCCGCUGCUGAAAACACCUGAAUUGCUAGGAUACACCAUUUUAUAUGCUACUGAAGAGAGCGCCUGGCAAAACGCAACAUCUCUCCACACAGAGAUGUAUCUUCAAAAUUUGAUGAAGUACAAGAACUACACAAUUAAGGUAGCUGGCUUCUCCAGCUAUGGUGUUGGGCCCUACACUUAUCCAAUAAUAUGUGCAACGUUAGAAGAUGUACCUGGUCCACCAGCAGAUGUUAAAGCACUGGUUCUAUCACCAACAUCGCUUCUCGUUAGUUGGAAAUCACCAGACAGACCUAAUGGGGAAAUACUAUAUUACACUGUGUAUGCUAAGCCUGUUGGACUAAGUGGUGGAAUGACAUUAACUCAGCGAAUAGAACCAAGUAAAACCACAGCGGAAGUAAAGGAAUUAAGUGUUUCCCGAACAUAUGAAGUUUGGGUAUGUGCAUCUACCAGGGUUGGGGAAGGAAGAGCAAGUAAACGGCUAAGUCAAACUCCGACACAGAGAGUGGUUGCUGGCGUGUCUUCCCUAGGCGGAACAAUAUCUGUAGGAGCUGGAUCUUCUCUGCUCCUACGGUGUGAGUGUGUUGGAUCUCCUGCAGCUCGUACGGUGUGGUAUCACAACCACAAUAUCAUCACACACCAUCCCCGCUUCACUCGGAAUCAUGACGACAGUCUACUUAUAAAUAAUAUAGACCAAUCGUUGGGCGGAAACUACACCUGCUUGGCGAAAAACCUUUACGGUUCUGAUUCAGUGGAGUACACAGUACUUGUUUUACCUCUACCCGAACCACCAGUAAUUCGGGCUACGCCGUUUAAGGACAGCAUAUUGAUUGAAUGGGAACAGCCGACCUUAAUAAAUAGGACUUUGGGGCAAAAAAUUUCGUACAGCUUAACAUGGAAAGAAGCAAACGGACCGUGGCAAGAUUCCUGGUCGCCCGACGAGUUGCCAGAUCUACCUGACAAGUUGCCCAACAAAUCCACACAAAAGUACCUUCUUACUAGCCUAAAAUGCGGAACUAAGUACUCUAUACGAAUUACUGCAUCCAGCAAAGUAGGAACCUCACAACCAGCUUAUAUGGAGACCAGCACUUUGGGUGGAGUUCCGAUUCCACCAUCAUCAAACGAAUGGUUGUGGAGCAACAGCUCGCACAUGUACAUUCAAUUAGCUGGCUGGGAAGGAGGUGGAUGUGACAUGAGGACGUGGGAUGUGGAAUAUCGUCCGAUUGGAUCUCGGGUCUGGACUAAAGCUAAGAAUACAUUGUCAUAUUCAGACACCAGCUGGAAUCUGCCCAUGUACCAAGCGAGCUACCGAUCGAGCUCAUUUGCGAUACCAGAUCUAUCUCCCGCUACGUGGUACCAGGUCCGCGUCACUGCCACUAAUGAAGCUGGCAGUGUUACCAGUAUUUAUAAUUUCGCUACAAAAAAUGUUGACGGAACUGAAGUUGGCCCGCUAUCAGAUGUUUUUGAUCUCAACAUGUUGGUGAUAAUAUUAAGUUCUAUCUUACUAGUGGUCUGCCUAAUUUGUUGCAUCUACAUACUGUUUAUGAGGCAAAGAAGCAACAGUUUCAUAGAGUACAGAGACUCGAUAACCAUAGAUAAUAAAUCUGAGAAUGGCUUAACGAACACGUCACAUAGCAAUUUAGCUGCAAAGGAAAAUGCAUUGAAUGUGCAAAACAGGAUAUAUAGCACGCCAAUACCAGUUAGAAAUAAUAGCAAGCAUGAACUAUACGAAAUAAGUCCGUACGCACAAUUUGCGGUGGGAUUUCGAACGUUCGGUCAUGUGGAAAAUCAAGAUAUACCCAGCGCACACAGGAAGCAUCGAUUUGAUUCAGAGACAAGUUUCCAAAUGUGUUCGGAGUCGGAAGAUAGCGACACGAUAUCAAAGAACACGCUGAAAAGUAUUCCAAGAAGUAAAUGCUCAAAAGAUGUCUGUCGAACCCCACACUAUAGAUAGCCAGGAAAUAGAAAUCUAGAAA